CUUAUUUUUGAAGUGGAUUUAAAAAUGGCGUCUAGGAAGAGAUGUAUGUUUACAGUUAUUAAUGCGAUUAUAACAGCUCUUAUCAUUGAAAGUCAAUGUCGACUCCAUCAUCUCAUACUUAAGGACGACAUCCGUCAGCGGGUUCAUCUGAACACAUUCGGCUUAUAUAAAGAUGGUUACAUGAGUAUAAGCAUGAACAGCCUCAGCUUCACUGAUGGAAAUACGGACAACAUUGACAGCUCCACGAUUGGUUUUAGCCUAGAUCGUGCAAACAAUAAUGGCUUCUCCACAUAUCUGGAUGAGGGUCUGGAUUAUUGUCCUCUGAAAAAGGAUCCAAGUAGUAAUUUUGCAGGGGUUCUUCUAUUACUGGACUUCAAAAAUAACCUAGUGAGGAAGAAGACAUCAGCGGAGGCUGGUGUUUUUCCCAACAUCAUACUUGUGUUGCCCAAAAGCAUUGCAGAGGACCUGGAAGCUGAAAAGGAGAAAGAUCUCCACGACAAUGGGCCAGAUGAUGGAUCUCAGUCUAAGAUGGGUUCUAAAUCCAGGCAACAUGUUGAGAGCAAGGCAGAAGAUACAUAUCCUCUUCAGAGCAAAGACAAAGUCUAUUCCUUUAAGUUUUACUUCAACAUCACAACGGAUGAGCAGCAAGGCCUUUAUAACUUUUAUUUCUACAACUGCUACUCCAUGCCAAUAAACCAGGACAGCUCUGCGUCAGACAUGCUGCCUUUCAACAUUGAUAUCAACAUCAUAGAGAAGAAUCCAGAAAGCUACCUCUCAGCGGGAGAGAUUCCUUUACCCAAGCUUUACAUCUGUAUGUCCAUGUUCUUCUUCCUCAUCGGCACACUGUGGGUUCAUGUUUUGCGUACCCAUAGUGCGGAUGUUUACAAGAUUCAUUGGCUGAUGGCUGCUCUUCCAUUUACAAAGUCACUUUCCCUUAUUUUCCAUGCAAUUGACUACUACUACAUUUCCAAUCAGGGCUUUCCUAUUGAAGGUUGGGCUGUGGUCUAUUACAUAACUCACCUGCUGAAGGGGGCGCUAUUGUUCAUCACUAUAGCAUUAAUAGGAACUGGCUGGGCCUUUGUCAAGCAUAUCCUCUCAGAUAAAGACAAAAAGAUUUUCAUGAUCGUCAUUCCCCUGCAGGUUCUGGCCAAUGUGGCAUACAUCAUUAUUGAGUCCACAGAGGAGGGCUCCAGCGAAUAUGGCCUGUGGAUGGAGAUCCUGUUUCUAGUAGAUCUGCUAUGCUGCGGGGCUAUUCUCUUCCCAGUCGUCUGGUCCAUAAGACAUUUACAAGAGGCAUCAGCAACAGAUGGCAAAGCUGCCAUCAAUCUGGCUCAACUGAAACUUUUCAGACACUACUAUGUGAUGAUUGUAUGCUAUAUUUAUUUCACCCGCAUCAUUGCCAGUCUCAUCAAGGUCAUUGUCCCUUACCAAUGGAAGUGGCUCUACCAGCUGCUGGAUGAGCUUGCCACUUUGACCUUCUUCUUUUUAACCGGACACAAGUUCCGACCGGCCUCCUACAACCCCUACCUACUGCUGUCUGUGGAGGAAGAAGACAUGGAGAUGGAUGAUGUGGUAACUACCUCAACAGGCAUGGGAGAGGGCGUUAAGAAGGUGAAGAAACUGUCAAAUGGACCAUCAGAGGAGAGGGAGAGCAUGGCAUGAUGGGAGAUACAAUUCUCUGUCGGUUCUGUGUGCCUCUGGACUUUGUGGCCAGCUACUGACAUGUGAGACAUUCUUGAAGAGCUUAACAGCUUUAUGUGCAGAAUUCACAGUGGACCAUCUCUCAUGA